GGCUGCAGCCAUUUAACACCUUCUCACCUGGCCUAUAGCAGAUUGACGGCUGGGUGGGACACUUCUCCUUCUGACAAGGCAAUGUAUGAUGUCCUGUCAGAAGGAGCCGCUCACAUGGCCGCAGGGCAGCAGCGCAAUCUGCCAGCGGCUGUGUCCACGGGACACAACCGAUGACAUAUCACUACACCGGCCCGUUGCCAGUGUAAUGUGACCACUGUGAUCAACCACAGCAGAUCAAAUGACAAUUUUAUACAAUGGAUUGCUUCCUGUCAUGCAAUCCAUUGUGUACAAUUGUGUUGUUAGCUGUGAUUGAUCAAAGCAGUCAUAUGGUACAGACAGAGCCAAUCACAGCCCAUCUGUAUCAUGUGAUGAGCUUUGCCCAAUCAUAGUUUAUCACAACAAAAGAUUGA